CACAGCAUCAGCGGUUUUAGAGGGCCAAAAUAUGGAUAAGUCCCUAUCCUGGACUUUUUUCUAUAAAAACCCAUCAGAUUCAACCAACCCUUUCAAAGUUACUUUCUUUAUUACAGAUUCCCUCUUAAAACCAACCUCCGCAAAAUAGCAGUUAGUAACUAUCAUGAGCUCUUCCUCUCCUGCUACUCUACUUUCUCCAUCCGACCAACGACAUCUCAUCGAGAAACUUGAGAUCUUCAAGAUCCAAGGCCGAGACAAGCGUGGCCGUAAGGUUCUUCGCGUCAUCGGCAAGCUCUUCCCUGCUCGGCUGGUGAGCAAUGAGGCGUUGAACAACUAUUUGGUGGAGAAAAUCUUCCCCAAAUUGGAGGGAGAGCCUUUCUCUGUUGUGUAUGUGCAUACCGAUGUUCAAAGGAGCGAGAAUUUCCCUGGAAUCUCAGCCCUACGAUCAAUUUAUGAGGCAAUUCCGAUCAACGUCAAGAAUAAUCUCCAGGCGGUUUAUUUUGUGCACCCUGGCCUACAAUCCAGGCUCUUCCUUGCAACUUUUGGUCGUCUUCUUUUCAGUGGAGGCAGGUUAUACUGGAAGUUAAAGUUUCUAAAUAGGUUAGAGUUUCUGUGGGAUCACGUUAGGAGGAAUGAGAUAGAGAUACCGGAUUUUGCUUACGAUCAUGAUGAAGAGCUCGAGUACCGUCCGACGAUGGAUUAUGGAUUAGAGAGUGACCACCCAAGAGUUUACUAUGGUCCUUCUAUGGACAGUCCAGUUUCUUCGUAUUCGAUGCGAUGUAUUGCAUAGGAGAUGAUGCUUGUGCUCUCAUUUUUAGAACUUUGCUUGUAUAUAUGCCUAAAAUUUCAAUGACCUUAUCGUUGUGGCACUGCGUCAGGAAAAUCGAAAAAUUUUGUCCAUUAUGUUGUACACGAAAGAAAAAAAAAACAAAGAGUACUAUUUCGACUAAA